AUGAGCAAGCACACCAACUUCAGGCACCACAAGAUGGGUGGUCAGGAUGCAGAAGGGCUGAAGAACUUCUGGGAAAAGGUCAUCCAAGAGCAAACCAAGCAACAAGAAGCCGAAGAGUCCAGGUUAAGCAAAAGUGCCCUGAACAAGCUCCGCCAGGAAUGGGCUCUGCGGCUGGAGAGGAGAGCGCGGCAGGUCCAGGCACACACGAAAACACGGGGGGAACAAGGGACGCCGCUGUCCAUCGAGACUCUGCCCUCACCAGACAAAACUGUCGCUUAA